GUGGUCUCUGAAGGACGCUCUGUGUGUCUGUGAUACCCGGUGUUCUAUCAGUGCAGGAGCCUGGCAGCACUGCAAGCUGGGUGAGUGCUGCUUAUUGAAUGGGUUCUAGAAUUGGUUCUAAUAAACAUUGUGCACAGCCCCAAAACACAAGUAAAAUCUAGCAAUGGGUUGUGUUUUUAUACAUUCUGGGUGCUUUUGUUUUUUAAUUUAAAUUUGCAUUACAAAUCCAGUCUGUCAAGGCAUUGCCAGGGCAUACCAUGCAAAUUAAAGGACCACUCUGGGCACUGCUUGAGUUUGGCUGAAUUUGGGUUCGGUCUUCAUUUGGUUGGAUAUGAAUAUCGUAAGCUCAUGUGAGUAGUGUUCUCAUCAACCUAUUGUUCUUGUAAAACUUUGUAACUGUCUCAUUUAUUGUUAAAUUCCACCCUUUUAUAAUAUCGUAAAGUGCUGCGGAUUAAGCUGGCGCUAUGCAAAGGGCAAUAACAAUAAUGACAUUUAUUAUUUUUUGGCAUUUAUAUAGCACCAACUUAUUCCGCAACACUUUACGAUAUUAUAAAAGGAGGGAUUUUUAACAAUUCAUUAGACAAUGAAAAAAAUGUUGCAGGAACAAUAGGUUGAUGAGGAUCCUGCUCAAAUGAUUUCAGUCUUACUUGGCUCUAGUACAGACUAUCAGCACUAAAAGGGAUAUGUAGAACUUGUGUUUAAUUUUUCUGUGUAUUUAUUUUGUGUAUAUUUGCACAGAACUCCCCUCCAGCCAGUCACUCCUGUGUGGCGUGGCCGAGCUGUGUACCUUUUUGUGUCACUUUACCCCACUCCCUCUAGCAUGUAAGCUCAUUGAUCAGGGCCCUCAACCUCUCUGUUCAUGUGUGUCCAACUUGUUUGGUUACAACUACAUGUCUGUUCGUCCACCCACUGUAAAGCGCUGCGGAAUUUGAUGACGCUAUAUAAAUAACAUAAUAAUCUCCUUGCAGAGCAUGGAGGUGCUGAAAGUAGGUAUUGCACACUGUGCAGCACUAUACUAGAAAGCACCUCUAGAGGCUGUCUGAGUUACUAGCCAGCAAUGUAAACAUUGCCUUUUCUCUGCCUUUUGAGGUGCAAGAUUUGAUUCGGACACCUCCUUCAGCAACUAUUUUCCAGCUGCUGAUAGGAGGAUUAGGGUGCUAUGCUGACCAAUUAGAGGUGCGCAGAGCUGAGGUCUAGUACAUCUAGCAGUGAUCACAUGCAUGGGAGAAGUUACACAUUGUGAGAAAAGAGAUGACCGCUCCAGCAAUGUUGUCUCUGUUCUCACCUGACCCUUGCUGCAAAUUCCCAGAGGUGCCUGCAAAGCGAAUCCAGUAUGUUAAAGGAACACUCCUAAAUCGAUUUUAUUUUUCAACUGUAACGUGUUCUAAGGGCCCAGAAUGUGUUCCUUAAAAUCUACUAAAUUGUGUAUUUAGGUAUGGGGGAAAGAAAAGAGUAUAUUAAAUUAAAAAUGAUGAUUUGACCAUUACCAGUGGCAUUAAAUCUAGACUGUUCCUCCUAGCAGGCGGAAGCAUGGCGCUGCGGUUGGGUGUCCGGUUAUUGAUGGGAUGUAGUCUUGCAAGGAGACGUCCAUCGCUUUUCCAGGCGACGUGUGUGUCAUGCAGGAGAAAAUUCACAAGUCAUACACCAAGCCUUUAUUUACAGGCUUCCACAGGUAACCUCUGCCACACUUCUACAUUUCCAUCCAUAGAAUUUGCUAUCGACUCCUGGCUUUUAAAUAUUUACACUCUAAAGGGUUCCUUCAAGCAUCAACCUUGAUCGCCCGCUUUAACCAAUUCAAUGUGAAGACGUAGUUGUAGUGCCUACAGUGUCAUUUUAUUGAAUAAGGGUCCUCUAUGAUUGUUAAUAAGAGAGUGUUAUAACUGUUUAGAUAUCCAGUGCUCCAUUUAAUUAUGCAAAAAUAAUACCGAUGCUGAAUUAGUACUUCUCCCUUAGGGUCAAAUGAAUCCUCCUCACUGAACAAUUCAGUGCUAAUUCCUGACAUAUACUCCAGUCUCUUGGAAAUCCAAGUUGUUUUGAAGUGGUCGCCGCUGUAGUGGUUAUGAUACCAGGAGGAUCCUGGUCCUGUUCCCCAGUAAUGGGACUAACAGUUUAGCAGCGUUUAUCCCUUUACCUUGGUCCCCUCCAGGCUCUGAUUUUCUCUGGUGAUCCAGUGAUGGUCUUCUAGGUACUGCAGAAACUGGAAGCAUUGUGGGCUGACAUUCAUUGAUUGAGAGUGUCGCUGUAAGCCAAUGACUGUCAUUCUGUGCACAGAACUGACACUCUAGUUAUGACACUGGAGCUGGUGUUACAUUUCUGGCAGCAGAGGGGUUAAUCUCUUUAUUUGCAACCUUUCGAAAUGAAUCGCUGCUCAUCCAAACUCCAGGCUCCUUAAAUCGCUGAAGUGGUCAUGGUGCUUGGAGUAACACUUUAAGUGUCAGGGAUUUGCCAGACAAAUAGCUUUGCUGUGUGUUGAGCAAAGAUUUGGCUUCAAAUAAAAUACCACCAUUCUAGAAAUAAACAUUUGAAACAGGUGGAUUUUGUUAUAUUGCAGACCCCUAUAUUUUCACCUAGAGCUACCCGGAGUUCUAUUACUGCACCACUGAUCAUGGGUCACUUGUAGCUGUAAUGAAUUUGGAUUUACAAAAGACUGGAACUCAUGUCAGGAAUUUCCCCCUAAUUGUUCAGUGAAGUGGAUUAAUUUGACCUUUUUUGACAGAUGUUAAUUAUGUACAAUCAAAUGUUUGCUAACACAUUCUUCAAUUGUAAAAAAAAGAACCUAGCGACCAGUUUUACACAAAAAAUAAAACCAACAAAAAAAAAUAUAGAAAAAUUGCACAGGGCAAAAUCCAGCCUGAUUGCAGUUACAAAUAACCUUAUUUUUGCCUUAAAAAAAGAUCCAAUCCAAUAACAUCAAUAAGAUAUAUAUAUAUAUAUAUAUAUAUAUAUAUAUAUAUAUAUAACCUUUAUUAUCUUAAUAAAUAGGAGACAAAUCUUGGUUACAUAUUAAAAUUUCAACUUAUUGUGUAACUUAAUGUAGCCCAAACCAAAGAAUGACAGAUAAAUAGAACUCUAAUAUAACCAGUUACAUAGUCACUAAAUCUAAUUUAUGCCCUUGGUUAGUCCAAGAGCAAUAGCAGAAUAUUAAAUAUCUGAUAUGAGCAAGUCCUAGAUCAUUGGAGCAAAAAGUGACUAUCUAGAAGUGACUGCUAAAUAGGGAAAGCCUCAAAAUCUAAUUCAAAUAAAAAUAAAUACAAGAAGGGUGGAAAGGGGGAAAUAUACCAAUAGAUCUAUAAAUAAAUUCCUAUUCUGUGCCUUGGAGGGCACCUAUCCUUGGAUCCCUUGCCCCCUGGUUUUUAUUUCAUCCUAAGGCUACUGAUCCAAAAACAGCUUAGUUAGAAAAGAAUAAAUAAUGGAAAAUAUAUGGUAAAAAUAAAUGACAAAGGCAGGAUAAAUCUCUGUGUGUGUGUGUGACCCAAUCCAGUAAAGAUCUGCAGGAGGUAUAUCUUAGUGCACAGCAUCACCGCAUGUCGGCAUGACCACGCACAGUCUAUGAAAGUCUAGACGCGCGUUUCGACGCAACCGGGCACUUCAAGGGGACAAAAAAAAGAGCUUAUGUUAGCCUGUUCCUUGUGUCAGAGCGGUUUCUAUUGCUUUGAGGGAGUUAGAGCAUGUAUAAUAAUAAACUAUUUAUUGUAAGCAGUUGCCUGAGUCUCACUAAUGUCUAUUCCAACCAAGCUCUAAUUCUCAUUGUAAUGUAAACAGUUUUGUUUUGUCUGGUUCCUAAUCUAGAACCUCCUGAUUUCUUAGAUUUUAACAGUUUUGCUUCACGUUCUCAUACUUGUGGAGAGUUGUGUUCUGCAGAUAUUGGCCGGGAGGUGACUCUGUGCGGCUGGCUGCAGUAUCAGAGGUAAUGUACUGAUUCUUUGUAACAGGCGUGCCUGGGAAGGUAAUGGAUUAAUUUUUUUUUUUAAUGGAUCAGGAAUCUGUUCUCAAAGAUAUUCACUAAAUAAUGAAUGUAACGUGAAUUUCAAAUACCAGGCCAAAAUACCCAGUACCAUGUGUUUCCACUUUAGCGGUUUGAGCCUAGAACUUUGAAUUCCUAACAAUUUACUCUUCAGUGAAUAAUCCCAUAUGCUAUUGUUAUUUAAAUGGACACUCCAGACCCCUAGGGUAUCCUCUUUAUUUCAGAUUUCAAUAGAAAUUGGCACUUCUGUAAAUUAACCUGGUUACACCACCUGGCAUUUCUACACCUUUUUCAAGGGUUUGUUUUGAGUAUUAGUCAAUUAGGGUUUAGUACACCUUUUAAACAAUUUUCUUGGGAGGAGAAAUUGAGUUUUGAUGAUCUCCCAAGUGCUAUUUGCAAAUGUUUCUGUAUUAUACAGUAGGUUUCAUGUAUUUGCAUUACAUGUUACUAGUCCCUGGGAGCCAGCCAACAUUGUUACAUUUGGAACUAUAGUAAAAACAUUACAAAUAGAAUUAAAAUGUUACAUUGUAUAAAAUGUCAGUUCUUAAAUUCUGUAGUAGUUCUGUCACUUACAGGGGUCUUCUUUAUCUCUUGGUAUCGUUUUGAUUGUGGUGGAAUUUCAAUGUAAUUUCAACACAGUCCAUACGUGUAUUUCAUGAGCAUUAUCAUAGAGUAUUUCAUCAAGAUUAGCUUUAUGAAAUACUUAGAAGGGACAGAGCCACUUUAAAUAUUUCUGACAAUGUUUAUAUUUGUCAGCCUGUGUGCCUCUAGUGGCUGUCAAUCAGUCAAAACAGCCUCUAGAGCCACAUCUUUGUGAAGAUUGUAAAAAAAAAUGUAUGAUCUUCACAUUUAGUUUCAUGACCGUGUUGAAAGCAGGGAAGUCUCUCGUUAGAGAUGCAUGGUAAUGCCUCUCUAUGAGGAGAAUCCUAUUGGCACAGUGUGGUGACUGUUGCACAUGCGCAGUACGACUAUCAAAGCAUUUUUUUUUAAUGUAGAAGCAUUUGAUUGGCGAGAUCACUUUUUUGGAUGAUCUCACAUGGAGAAGGAGGGAUGGCAUACAUGGGCAGACUGGGGUACCACUGGAUGAGAGGUUAGUUUCACUUUAUUUUGUUAGUAACUAUAGGGGGCCCAAUAAUGUAAACAGCAGCAGCAGGGACACUUCUGUAAUACAUCUUGUAUUCCUAAUGUUUGUGUUCCUUUAAGGAAAAUCGUAUAUGAUUAAACCAAGGCACCUAGUAAUCACUGCUUGAAUGUUUAUUGUUUUACUUUACCUGUUAAAGGAACUUCAUGGAAAUGAAAUGAGAUCACCGGCGCUGGCUUACCUUUAGGGGAUAAAUGGUUCACAAAUGUUUUAAACACAAAGUCUCGUCUCCAGCACCAGAUCCCUCUGCUCCCUCCAGUUUUCACUUGCUGAAAAGGUUGAAAAUGAAAGCCUAGGACUGUCACAGGCAGGGGCAUUGCUGAUUGGCUUAGAGCAGGGGUGUCAAACAUGCAGCCCCCCAGAUGUUGCUGAACUACAACUCCCAUGAUUCCCUGGCUAUCUGUUUCAUUGAAGGAAUCAUGGGAGUUGUAGUUCAGCAACAUCUGGGGGGCCGCAUGUUUGACAACCCUGGCUUAGAGCAUUCAGCUGACGCUCUCAGUUACUCACUGGCUUCCCAUUCAUAAAAGCAACUUGGGGGAAAAUAUGUAAGCCAUGUUGUCUUCUCCUUGCCAAAUUCUCCUCAGUACAGGUUUAUUGAAGAACUCAAUUGGUCACAUGGCACACACCAGCUGCUGUGGACUGCCUAUCCCCAGUCAGCCUGUUGCACUGUGGGAGUUACAUUUCUCAGCAGAUAAAGUUCCAGAGGUGGCCUAUCCCCAUCGGUUACUGUUUAAUAUCUGUACAGUAUUUUUUUAAAUGCUUCCUGAACAUUACCUGUAUGGUCAGUUACAUGAUUCUUUCUGUAUAAUCACAGCAGUGACACGUCAUUUUGUACAAUAACGUUUUCAUCCAAUAUAAUGUACUUUAACAAAACAUUGAGUUUGUAAAAGGGUGAUAGUAAAAGGUUAUACUGUUUGUGUUGCUCAGACAGGGGCUGUUCGUGGUAUUACGAGAUUUCCAUGGGUUGACCCAGGUGAUUCUUCCUCAGGAUGAGGUACAAGGCGGUGAUCGGCUUUGGGUAAAUGACAAGCUUUGUGCCAGAGUGUUAAACAUGUUUUCACUGUUGUUUCUUCCAUCUGAAGCAUAAUUUGGCUCUGAAGAAUAUGUUGAGUGAGGCGACCUUAGAAUCUGUGGUGCUGGUCAAAGGAACAGUGAUUGCUCGGCCACAUGGUCAACAGAAUCCAGUGAGUUGAAUUUCAUUUACCUUUCGCAAUUAAAGUACUGUUGUGUGUAUGUUGAAAAAUAAUGCACAGCUAAGGCGUUAUUCCAUCUAAUUUUAUUAUAAAAAUUUUUUCUGUACUUGGAUCUGUCAAUGUUUUUAGAAAAUGGCUACUGGCGAGAUUGAAGUUCAGGCAAGCCACUCACAAAUCCUGAACCCCUGUAAGAAACUGCCAUUUGAGAUCAAAGACGUUGUGAAGGUAAAUCUCAAUUUUUGACAAAUGUCGCCCCUGCUGGUUAAACAUUUGACUAUUGGCUACCAACCCUUAGUUAAGUAAAUAAACCACAAAAGCCAUUUCUGAAAUUAAGAACUUAUUCCAAAAGUUUGAUGGAGGGUAUGCCAUAAGUAAAUUAAACUACGACUCCUGACCUGGCCUCCCAAUGUACCGAAUACAUCUGGUAGAUGCUCAGUGGAUCAUAUUCACUUGGAGUGUUUAAACUUGGCCUAGCAGCCUUUGUUGCACUAUGGUUCCCUUAAAUCUUUGCGAACUAAUAGGUUGACAAACCAUGUCUGGAUAAACUUGAUGUAGAUGUAUCUCUUUAGCCACUGUUCAAAACACGUUUAAAAAUUUGCAGAAUAGAUUUUUUGGUAUUUUUAAUUUUUUUUUAACAUUUUAAUUACUAUUAGAAAUCAGAGUCUUUGCGGAUGCAGUAUCGUUACUUGGAUCUGCGCAGCUCCCAGCUACAGUACAACCUUCGCCUGAGAUCCAGUAUGGCAAUGAGAAUGAGAGAGUAUCUAUGUAACCAGCAUGGUAAGGGACAGCUUACAUUCAUUUUGUUGAAUAAGUAACUUUAAACGAUUACUGACUCCUUUUUUUUUUUUUUACUUAGGAUUUGUGGAUGUAGAGACCCCAACUUUAUUUAAAAGGACCCCGGGGGUAAGUAUUGCAUCAUAAUGGACUUCUAUCAAUAAUCAAGCUGUGGAGCAGAGUGAUGUGAAUAAUGAUUCCAUGAAAACGCAAGACUUCAUAUGUUUACAAUUUCUGAUUCCGAGAGUUUUGGAGAUGCAAGUCUGAGAUGAGCAUCCAGUGUUUCUUAGUUGCUGCCAUUGUUUUUCUGCUGACAGGGUGCCAAGGAGUUUGUGGUUCCCACCCAAGAACAUGGAAAGUUUUACUCCCUGCCGCAGAGCCCACAGCAAUUCAAACAGCUUCUAAUGGUUGGAGGACUGGACAGGUCAGUGAUGAGUGACUCUUUAGUAGAUGGGUCAUUCAUUAAAGUGUGUUGUCAAGAAUUUAAAGUCUGUUUCAAAUUUUAGGUAAUCUAGUGAACCAAAAACAUUGAAAACUCUCUGUGAAUCACUGACAAUUCUCAUUUUAAUGAAUAAUCAUGUGGAAUUAAAAACCUAAUAAACAAGACCAUUAAAAGAUCACUCCGGGCACCUUCAUGACUUCAGUAGGGCUGGAUUCUAGACUUUCACAUUAAACCAAUCAUUAACGUUUUACCCAUUAAAGAUAAGCCGGUGCACCCAACAGACUUAUCCUGGAGAAUGUGCAGCCAAAAGAGGACCUACUUCCACACGGAGUGGGAUUGCCCCAAACUGCACAGUUUCUGGAAGGGAGUCAGGGACCUAACCUCCAAGGUACUGCAGAUGCAUAUAACCUUGUCCCCAUGGAAAUUCCUCCUAUCGCACCCCAGAGAGGGCCUACCCAGAUACACAAACUACUGACUCUAAUAGCUUUGGCAUGGCUCAAAAUAGAAGUCCCCUCCAAAGUGCGAAACUCAGAAUCCAAAUUGUUCAAAGUUUGGGAACCCUGAAUGGAUUACCUAAAUACACUUGAUUAAGAGGCCACAGGCGACGGUGAUGGAAACUCAAAACUCUCUUCCCCUUUCUCUUCUUAUUCAUUUCUGUACUGUCCUUCGGGCCACCUGUGGACUCUGGUCCUGGCAUAGCCGAGUGGGGACUGGGGCGCGGGGUCACGGCUUCCGAUCCACAAAGGAGCCUUGGCUGGUUGGGCGAUACUUGGGGAGGGCAGGCAGAGCCACUGGGGGGGACAGAGAACACUCUGCGGAGGGGACAACACACAACGAACAAGCUCACACAUAUCACAGGACACAUCUCACUCUCAGGGGACAAUCUCUCUUAUUCUGCACACCUUUCUUACUUGCUUCUAAUCCUCCCUUUCUACUUAAGUUCAUUCGGUUCGUUCUACGUUAUCUAAUAAAACAAGAAAAGUAUUGUACGGCAUGUGCUCGUAUAAGGGCCUUAAGGCACAACUAAUGUAACUUGUACAUACUGUAAUAUCGUAUGCUGCAUCGACAUGUUACUACAUUGUUGGCAAUGUCAAAUCAUAUCAAAUGCUGUCAAUACAAAUAAAGAAUAAAAAAAUAAAAAUAAAAAAAGCCGGUGUCAGAGACCUCCUGGCCCCAUAAUAACUACUUCAUUCCGAGGAAUUUGUUGUGAUAUCCAGAGUAUUUCUUUAACAGACUGAUAAAUGCACAAUGCAAACACAGCAAAACUUCCAUCAUUAUUCCUUUUGUUUUAUCUGCUGAGUGCAGAUGCCAGUAGAUGAUGCUAAAAUAAAUUAUCAUUUUUAUUUCUAGGUACUUUCAAAUAGCGAGGUGCUAUCGUGAUGAAGGCUCAAGACCAGAUCGCCAGCCAGAGUUUACACAGGUGACGUCUCUUUGGCUCUGUCCAGCUUGUCUGUGUAAUAGGUCCUGAAAUAGAUCUCAGUGUUCAAUAAAUAUUAAGCUUUUCUGCUCAGAGAUAAGCAUUGUGUAUCUGUGAUUUAGAAAACGUAAAGCAUUGGUUUUAAACUUUUGGGUUGGGACUCAAAUCUGGCUCACCAUGAUAUUUUAUUGCAUCUCCACAGGUUGGACCAGACACAUUAUUGUAGCACCAACUUGAUUGUGGUAUUUACUUACAAAAUUAUACACUGAGUAUAUGCAUGUCAUAAAGAAUUGCAAUUUGAAUACCUAACCACAAAACAUUGAUAUAGGCAUUUAAACCUUUGGGUAUUAGUGGCUGUAUCAAUCUGUAAUCAUUUCAAUCUAGUCUUUAAUGAUUGUUUUUCAGAAUUGAAUUGUGUCCCUCCGCCUUAGAGAGAGAGAGAGAGAGAGAGAGAGAGAGACACACGAUAGGAUGAGAGUGUAAGCUGAAUUGGUCUUACCUGAUCACUGCUGUUUCCUCACUGUUCGUGUUAAUACUACACUAGCCAAAGGAGAGGGAGAGACAGACACCUGGGGACAUGUUAAGUGUUAAUCUGUUCAAAAACAGUGUAAUAGUUAUAAGAUAAGACUACACCUUCAUUGAUUUGUAGUUAUGGUGCCCACAGUGUUCCUUUAAGUUUGAAGCACAUAGGGGGAGAACCAUUGAUAGACUUUAUGACGACAUGGUUGAGUUUAGUGCAAUAUGUAAUAUCUUCUACCUCAGAUGACAUUUGUACACCUUAUAACUUUUAUUAACGUGCAGGUUGAUAUUGAAAUGUCCUUUGUGGAUCAGGCUGGGAUUCGGAGCCUGAUUGAGGGAUUGUUGCGAUAUUCCUGGCCGAAGGAGAAGGGGAGCCUUCCAGAUCCCUUCCCCAUUAUGACCUAUGCCGAGGCAAUGAGCAGUUAUGGCUGUGACAAACCCGAUACUCGCUUUCAGAUGAAGGUUAGAUAUCCAUUGUAUCCCAAAUGUCACUUUUUAAUCUAAAAUGACUCCAAAGGCACUGUGGCAAAUGUAUCCUUUUUUAUGAAUGGGGAGAUACUGAUUGGUUUAAAACAUCAGAAAACCACUCAAACUCAAUCAGCGGCGCUCCUGCCCAGCGGUAGUCCUUGUUUCCUCAAGCGUAAUUUCACAGACCAGGUUUGGAUGAGAACAGCAAGGAAUGGCACUUCCUUUGGUAUGUAUUUUUUUUUUUUUUUUUUUUUUAGCCCAACGAUAGGGUCAGGUUUCUUCUAAUAGUGUCUGUUUUAUAAAAUUUUACAAAAUAUAUGUAUUUUUUUAUAAAUAUUCAAGGUAAAAAAAAAUCUAUUCCUAAUUAAUUUUUGAAAAUCUUUUAAUAAUCUUUACACCACUGCACUGUCAGCAUAUCUAUUAGUAAAUAAGGAGACUGGCAGCAGUUGCAUGUGCACCACAUUGAACCCAAUUACAAUUUUCUUACAUAGCACCAACAUAUUCCGCAGCGCUGUACAAACGAUAAUCAAGACAAAUAUUUCAUUCCAACAAAACCUGUAUGUCGUACGGGACAAUUUAAACGGAUGAAGCACAAAUACACAAAGGGAAUCAAGUGAUCUGAAUGUACCAGAGGAUGGGAAAAAGUUUUUGGGAGGAAGGAGCACAGUAGGUGGGAGACGGCAGAGGUGUAAGAGAUGUGGAGUUAAGGGGAGAGCUGAUAGGCUUUUCUAAAGAAGUGUGUUUUUAGGGAAUUUUUUUAGUGAUUGCAGAGACGGGGAGAGAAAGAUGUCGUCCGGUGGGAAAGCAUUCCAUAUGGAGGGGGCAAUCCUACAGGAGUCCUGCAGGCGAGAGUCUGGGGUGUGAGUGCGAGAAUGGGACCGUAACUGGCUUUCUGCAACGCGAAGAGGCCAGGCGGGUGCAUGUCUGCUAAUGAGUGAGGAGUGUUUGUAUAGAUUUUAUUCCACUUGUAAAUCUAAUCCUUUAUAACAUUAUCAGGCUUAUUUACUAACCGGAGUAUUGUGGGGAAUUGAAAGUGACUUCAAAGUAAAAUUCACUUUGAAGUCAAAGUAGCUGGAUUGGAUACAUUAUUAUAUUUAUAUAGCACCAACAAAUUCCAUAGCACUUUACAUCCAAGCAGACUUUUUCCACUUCUGUUAUUUUGACUUUAAAUUUGAAAUUCACAUUGAAUUCCUGACCAUUUUAACUUCAGCGGAGCCCUUUGUGUCACUGCGUGUUAAUUGUUUUUUAAAUGGCACUUUACAGAUAUUUUUUUUCCUCUCAUUUUCAGAUUACUGAUGUUACGUCUGUUUUUAGUGCUGCGCAGCUGGGAUUUGUACAAGAGAUCUUGAAUAAGCCCCGUGGCUGUGUAAAAGCCAUUCACAUUCCAGAGGGAGCGGUAAAUGUCCUUAAAAAGAAUAAAAUAUAUAUAUAUAGAUUUUAAUUUGUAAUUCAUGCUAUACCAGCUGGGUUGUAAGCUGCUGCAAUGAAGACACGUAUUAAUAAUAGCAAAAAAAGUCUGGCUCUUGAGUUGUUGAGCAAUUUUUUUGGUUUCUAAAAUAAUAAUCUCUUUCAACAAAGUUAGAAAAUAUUAAUAGUUUAUGUAUAAAUUGAUUGUGACAUCAUCCCAAGUGUUGUUCUGAGCCAAAUAGGAUUGUCCGAGUUUGUCAGGGAGGCAGAUCAGGGGCAGAGCCAGUACAAGCCAAACACAGCCCUGGCCAAUAAGCAUCUCCUCAUAGAAAUGCAUUAAAUUAAAUCUUUAUAGGGAAAGGUCAGUGUCUCCAUGCAGAGGGUGGAGACACUGAAUGGCAGUACUACACAUUGUGCAGCACUACCCCAGGAUGCUUCUUUUGUAGCCAUCUGGGGAGUGUCCAAUGCAGGAAUAGCUAGGAUGUAAUGUUAUCACUGAAUUUUCCCUGAAAAAAAAAAACUGUUUGCUGCAAAAAGCCUGAAGGGGAUGGUUAUACUCACCAGAACGAAUACAAUAAGCUGUAGUGUCCAUUUAAUGGUGAGCUCUCUCUACCUGCUCCCCUGUGUUUGAAUUUGAUUGUUCAUAAUCAGCCAUUUAUAUUAUCUACAGUGUAGUAGAAAAUAACUUUAUACAAUAAAUGAACUUCAGUUGUUUUCACAAACAUUUGUGGUUUUAAUGUGAGCUAAUAUGUCUAUUAUAAUAAAAACUGUGCAACAAUAUCGUUAGAUUAAUGAUUAGACACAAAUAUGAAAGUUAUGAGGGUUAACUAUUUACUAUUUUAAAAUAAAUCAUCCUUAUAACAUGAGAAAUUGAACAUUUCUCUUUUGAGCCAGAUAUUUCAAUUUAACCAUUUCUCAUUUACACUAUUCGUGUCAUUUCUGAUGUUAUAUCCUGAUAUUAUAUCAGCUAAUUUAGAUCUCAAUACUACUGAAUGUCUAGUGUCCUCUUAUGUUACGAUAUGUAAGCAGAGCAGAGGAAUGAGGAAAUUUAAUGUCUAAAAUAUCUCAGAACUGGGUCUUUCAGAGUUUGUCCUUUUUUUUUUUUCCUGUAAAUUGUUCCCCAGUGUACUCUGUCAAUGUAGGUUUGAGGCUUUCCAAGUGAUGUCCCCAUUGCCCCCCCCCCCCCACCCCCCUCCCAAACUUAUAAUUUAAAGUUUGUAUGGCAUAAGAGAGAUACAAUUUAUUCUCCGUAACCUUGGCAGUGAGCUGAAGAUAUGGUACUAAGAAGUACCCUUUAACACAUUUAAUUCGCUUCAUCUUUCUAUUUCUCUCUGUUAAGGAAAGACAUAAGGAUGACAUUGUUUUCUGAUAUCUUGUUUUAAUAGAAAUAUCUGAAGAGGAAAGAUUUGGAUUCCAUGACGAAGAUAAUUAAAGAUCAGUAUAAACAGGUAACUAGAAGGUGUGUGGCUCUUUAUAGGACAGACUCUUGUUUUGUUUGAAGUUUGUUGCGUGAGAAUGAUUUGUAUUUCUAUUUUCACUGUAAAUCCUUGCAGGAUGUGAUGCCCCUAGUACUGAAGUCCGAUGGGAGUUGGAGAUUUCUGCAGAAAUUAAUCAGUGACGAGUUGAAGAAAGACCUGACCGAUGCGAUGGGAGCUAAGGCUGAAGACCUCAUCCUGCUGGCAGCUGGGGAUCAUGACAGAGUUGUGAGUCUGGGCACGUGUAUUGUAUUCUGUUCUGGAACUUAAAACAUUGGUCAUUUAAUGUGGAAUGCUUGUCAAAGUGUCACCACCCUGAGAAUGUCCAUCUUAAUAUGACGUAGUAUGAUUGUUUCUCCUGCUAGUGUAUCACAGGCAUGGAAAUUAGGGAGUAAGUAUACAUGAUUUGUUACAGACUUUAGAUAUAUAGACAAGAACAACCGUUAAAUAAUUGCAAGACAGUGCAAAGAAUUAAUAGGAUAAAACUGAACUUCCCUUACGCAGAAAACUCAAGCCUGAAUAUUUCCUCGGUCUUCAAGCAUAAAUACAAAAACAAAACAGGGGUGGGUCUGCUAGGGAAGAUAAUAAGAAAGGCACAAGUGUGUAUCUGUGUUGAUUUAAAACUAAAAGGUUUAUUUGUCCACUCACACUUUGAAUGCCAAGUUCAAGUCUUCAUAAUAUACUUGAUGAUCUCCGUAAGUAUCUCCUGUUACUGUGUAACCUCAGUAGCCUUCCUGGGAAAUAGAAGAACCAAUGGAAACACAUCUUUCUUCUUAUAUUUCCUAACAGAUUCACUCCUGUUUUGUUUUGGAAUAUUUCCUUAGUAAUCUGUCUAUUCCAUACAAAACCAGAACCGCUCUUGAGUAAAGAUGUAAAUAUACUGUAGAUAUUGUGGCCUUGAUUUAAUAAGCUUUCUGAAUGAUUUACCUGCAGAAGCCCCCAUUAAAGUCUGUGAGAAUUGUUGUAGAUAAAUCGUUUGGAACGUUUUUCAAACCAUAUUGAAUCGUUUAGAAAGAUUGUCAAAUCGAGGCCUUUAUUAGGAAACUUUUGAGGGGAAAUAAAUGAACGGUGCCAGCAGUGUUUGUAGGGAUCUGGAGAAAUAUCUACUUCUAUUUCUAGGGGGAAUUUCAGGAUUAUGAUAGAAUUCUGGGAAAAAAAAAAAACAAGAAGUCAAAACAGGCAUUCUAUUUAUGAACUAUAUUUUAAGGUUGAUUCAUCAAAAAUAAUUGACCCAAAUGUUAAUAUAACAGGUCUGGGAGUGUCAGUCUAAAAGGGUGUGUAGAUGUCUGCAGAUCGUAGUCCGAAGCUGGCUAGCAGUUGAGUGGCAGAGCAGUAUGAGAGACUUUAGUUUGGUGGAAUAUAUUGUAACGUUUCACAGAGCUUACUCAGCAUGGAACAGUCUGAACUGUGUUAAUCAUGUUCUGGUUGAUAAAGAGAAGAUUUUUAGGGUACUUUAUGGAACAGAGAAAAUAUAUUGAAUGUCAGUAGACAAGGUCUGAGAUGAAGUAAUUGAGAUAGCGAAGCAGAGUUGCACAAAUAUAUGCAAAUUGAGUAUACUAAGUGGUGAAUAACAUUUUUAACCCACCUCCCUCUUCCAAAAAAAAGAUGCUGGUGGUGGUAUGUGAUCAAACAUCAUAUUGAGGUGUGUUGAAGUGGCAUGGUAGAAGUCCAACAUUGUUCCAGAAAUCAUGUGAAGGCAUUUGAGCUUCUCCACUAGGAAAUUAAAUAUUGUAGAUUAUAAUGACGGGGUUUGUAUAUAUAUUUUUUUCCCCUACAAAAAGUAUCAGAACUAUAACUGUGAAUGUUGAUGGAGUACUCAGUGCUUUGAGAGUUGAAGUUGACUGUAACGACUGAGAAGCACAACCCAUGUGUCUGGGGGGAGGAAGAUCCCCAAGAAUUUAUCAAGUUAGUGUUUUCGUUUUAUAACUAUUAUUUAUGGGCUCUUGAGAAUGAUAUUUCUUCUUCCUUUUCUAUCUUUCUGCUCAGUGCACAGCAUUAGGGAAACUUCGGCUAGAUGUUGCUUGCCGUCUGGAAGAAUGUGGUGUUUCUCUCCGCAGUCCCACCGAUUACAAUUUCUUGUGGGUGGUGGACUUUCCCCUGUUUCUCCCGAAGGAAGAUAACGCUCAGGAACUAGAAUCUACCCACCAUCCUUUCACAGCCCCUAAUCCGGAGGACAUGGAUCUUUUGUACACAGAACCAGAGAAGGUGAGAGGUGAAAAUCCUGCUGACUACAAAGGAGGAAAGGCUCAGGGAAAGAGUUCAGUUAGCUUUCUGUAUCGCAUUGUAAAUACACACCCAACCCAUUAUGUUAUUCCUUUGUUUUCUUCCAGUAGAAUGUGUAAAACUUACUCUGUAAGAGAAGCAAAAAGGAAUUGUAAAUUUUUUACCCCCCUUUUUCUUUUAAUGGAUGGAUUGUUGGAUUAUUCUUUGCUCUGGUUUAUAUAAUUGACAAUUAAUUAGACACGACAACGUUUCAACCUGUAAUCAAGCUUGAUAAAGGCCUGGGUACAGGUCGAAAUGUUGCCGUGUCCAUGCUUGAAGUUAUCACAGUGAGUGCCUGAGAUUCUUUCUUUUGAUCUUUGAUUGAUGGGGUAUGCUGACCAAAUGCUCAGUUAGCACCCUGUGAUUUUCAUGAUUGAGUGCAACCCUCUUUUUUUUUUUCUUUUGGGAAUUAGAGAUCAUCCUUUAAAGACCUCACAUCACGAUUAUCCUAAAGGUGAUGGCUAAGCUUUUGCCACUCCAGUUCAUGUGGAUUUUACUUCUUAGUAUGGUUGGCUGAGUAUCUGGGAAGUGUUAAACCUGAACAUCACUAUCUCCUAGCAGUAUGGCAUGUAGCAGAUAACUUCAUGGUCUUGUCUUUGGGUUAUUCGUGAUGCUAUAACAUUAAUGUAUGGAUUAUAUACAAAUUUCAAGAGUAUUGUAUGCUCUACCCUUACAGGUCCGUAGUCAACACUAUGACCUGGUUCUAAACGGUUGUGAAAUUGGAGGGGGUUCAAUCCGUAUCCACAAUGCUGAUUUGCAACGUUGGGUCCUAGAACAUGUCUUAAAGGUAAGCGACUUUCAUUCAGAUGGCGAUGGUAUUGCUUUUAUAUUCCAUCAUACAGAGACUGUGAAGGUUACUUACUAAGAAUACUGGUAGUUGCAACAGGGAAAUACCAGCGAUCUGACUGCACUGGGGCCUUCACGCUCAGGGGGCAAAUCAGUUGGCCUAAGGACUUAAGGCCCCCCGACGAGUAUUGCUGAACAGGGGUGUAGUGGCCCAUUAGCAGCACAACCGGGCAGCUGUAGUAUCAAUGCCACGAGGAAGUGAAAAGCAGAUCACUUCCUACUACAUAAAGAGGGAGGUGGCAUAGGAGUGGGGAGGAGAAAAGUAGACACCGCUCCAGACCCACACUCCCAUUGGCAAUGGCAAGACUCAAAUUAAGUCACUCUCCUGCACACAAAAGGUAUGUUAACAGGAGGGAGGCAACUAUAAAAAUAAAAGUUGAGUUUGUGUGUAUGGAUCAGUGUGUAACACGCAGAUACACAUACCUUUAAUAUACACUGACAUACAGUGUGUAUAUCUGUAUGUCAAGGAGUGUGUAUCUGAGUGUGUGUGUGUAUAGUGUCAGUGUAUAUCAGUGUGUGUGUGUAUGUGUCAGUGCAUGUAUCUAAGUUUGUGUUUGUGUGUCAUUCUUUGUAUGUGUUGAUUUGUUAAUGUAUGUGCAUGCAAACUCCAAAAUUAUAUACAAACACCAACCCUACACACAAAAGCACACUUGCAUUUUUAAAGGAACACUAAAUAUGAAUACACCCCUUCAUAUAAAUGUAAAUACCACACGCAAGUAAACCACUGUAUUCAAAUGGCAACAGGACAUACAAAUACACUCUACAUGCACACACAUACUCUGUACAAAAACAUGCUUACAUUCAAAUGCACAAACACUGUUCACAAACACAACCUCUGCAAGGAUGGGUAAAUGGUAGAUCCCCAGCUGUCAUAGCAACGUGGGAUUUUGAUAGAUGGGCAUCUACCUUUUGGUCACCCUUGUACUAGAGGGGAUGCAGAAAAUUUUCUUGCGCCAGGGCACUCUCUACAUUAGUUCUCCCACUGGGUAGUUGAUAACCAAUUCUAGAAAUCAAUCUGACUUUGUAUCUAGACAGAAAUAAGGUUAGAAUAUACGUAAAGAAACAGAAACGGUACGUGUUAAUUAUACUCCCACCAGCAAGCAUGAGGAUUCCUGUUGCUUAACACGUUCACAACUGCUUCAGACUCCUGGUGAUGAUUUACGUUAAGGUGGUUUAUGUCCAGAAUUCUUUCAGUAGCUGGAGAGAGUAUAAUUCUCAAGACCCAAAACAUGUAUUCCAGGGUACAAAUGCGUAUAACUAGUCUGCCUUUUCAUUCCAUAACAAAUUAGUGUAUUUACAUAGUGUAAUUCCAGAAUAAAGCUAAAAUUGUGGAGCAAUCCGCAGGAAAAUCUUUUUUUUAAACGAUUACUGCAAUUUCGGAAAUUAGAAUUAAAAAGUUAUUUUUGUUAUUGCCCACAAUAUAUCUGGCAUUACCUUACUUGGCUUGCAAUAUCUGAACAGCACACUCCACCUCCUGCUGUAUCUUAAAUGAACAGUGUCGAUCCCUAGCCCUUCUUCACCAUUUACUUUAAAGGGACACUCCAGGCACCCAGACCACUUCUGCCCAUUGGAGUGGUCUGGGUGCCAACUCCCACUACUCUUAACCCUGCAAGUGUAAUUAUUGCAGUAUUUUAUAGCACAGAAAACCUGUGCUAGAGCGUCGCUGGACGUCCUCAUGCUGUGUGAGGACCUCCAGCGUCGCUCAAUUCCCCAUAGGAAAGCAUGCUUUCCUAUGGGGAGCUCUAAUGCGCAUGCGCGGCAUUAGGUCUCCCGGGCCAGUGGGCGGGAUCAGUCUUGCCCACCGGCCGACGUAAUGCAGAGGAGGAGCGGCGGAGGAAGAAGCAGCGACGUGGGACAUCGUCGCUGCCUCUGGUAAGUCACUGAAGGGGUUUUCACCCCUUCAGCAACCGGGGGUUGGGGGGUGGGAGGGAGAGGGGACCUGCAGUGCCAGGAAAACUGAUUGUUUUCCUGGCACUGGAGAUUCCCUUUAACCUCUCCUGCCUGACAGAUGAUAAUACUGCCUUGGUUGAUGACAUAUGAAAGUGUGGCCAUACAAAGUAUUGGUGACUUUGAUCGGUUAAUCACGUGCAAACUAUCGAAGGUCAAGACAAUGGAAAAAUGCAAGCGGAAAAAGGCUGGGAUGCUGCCAGGACAAAAUACCUUCUACGAAUGCUUUAAGUAGAUAUGCGAGUGCUCAAAUACAAAAAGUGGAGUUGAAAUACCAGACCAUAAUUGCACCAUUAUCUUUAAAGAAACUUAUUUAGUUAUGAUGGUUGGGGUGUCCCUUUAAAAUGUAAUAAACCAUGACAGGCUUCAUAUAGUGUCCACAUGAUGGUACAUAAAGCAGGAGACACACAUGACCUUAUCUAUGGAAUUGACUUUCUAAUAUAUGACUGGUGUGGACCAGGUUUUGUGUUAUUAUGGCAGUAUUGAACCUGAGUCUGAUGUAUCUGUAUUGCAUGAAUUACAGCUCAUGGUUUUAUUUUCCAAUUUGUGUGCAGGAGGAUGCGAACGUUCUCUCUCAUUUGUUAGAGGCUUUGGAAUCUGGAGCUCCUCCACAUGGCGGGAUCGCUUUAGGUAAGCGUUGCUCUUACUUAAUUUAGCAACAUGAUUAAUUAAAAGCCAGUUUGUUGAGACAAUUGGUGCUUUAAUUCAAAUUAUAUUCACUACAUGUAUUAUCAACUCAAAGAAAAAAGUGUAAUUUAACUCCAGUUUGGAUAGGGACAACUAUUUUCAAACUAUAUUAUCUCAGAGCUGAAUACACUUGUUAACAAUUCAGAAAUGAAAUAAAUUGGGUGAUGAUGGUACAUAGCUAAUAUGUGACUUUAAGUGUGAGUUCUGAAACACUAAUAAUCAUGGGAGAGAGGCCGAAUGACCUGUCACGAUGUUUCACACCACGUCCAGCAGGGUGAAAGAUUUAAACUCUGAUAGGGUUAUUCGCUUAUUCAGGUUAUAAGUAAGAAUGGUUGGAAAUUCUGAAAAUGUUAAAUUUAAUGCCAAAGUAGUUGACCUGGAACAAUAGCUGACUUGGAGAAUUUUUCCAAUUUUGCUAUUUUGACCUUAAAUUUGAUAUUCCCUUUAAAUUCCUGACUAUUCUCAUUUUAGUAAAUAUAUCCCUGUGAGAGUGACUGUGAAUUCUCAUCUGCUCCUGCUCGCACCCCGUGCCGUGGAGUGCUUUAAUUGAUGCAAAGAUAUAUUUAUCGAGGUCAUUUACUAAUGUCUGCCUGGGGUAUAACCAUUUGGCUACCUACAGAGCCAUUCGGACUGCAAAAUCUGAACAUUUUUUUUUUUUUUAUGCAAAUUGAUAAUGUUUGGCUUUUGUAAUUCAGACUCCGAACUGUGAUGACGUGUCCAGAGGGUGGUGAUAUAUUAAAAAUGAAAAGACGGAGGACAUCCUUGUCUCCCAAACUCAUGAUUAGUGGGUGGGGGAUACUUGGUCCUCCCCUUGAAUAUUUUAACAUACCCCACCUGUCGACCACUGGUGGGGGGAUCAUAAGGAUGUACUUUUUUUUUUUUUUUGCGUGCGGUCUUCCCAUGUUGCUAGUUUUAAGUUAAGUUUCAUAGACCUUGCUCCACAUUCCAUGGGAUUCUCUAUGGACAGUGUUGCAAUAUCGCGCAUGCACAAUACAACGUUGACAUGUGCUCCUGGCAGAGUGCAGAGGCUGCAAGGAACACCCUGCACACCGCACUGCAAACAGAGCAGUCACCGUUGGUGGUCUUUGCACAACGUGGAAAGACCCCAGAUGGUGACAGUGCUUUAACUCAAUUUAAAUGUUUGAUUAUGAUGUUCUCUAAGGAAAAUGGAUAUCAGGACAAAGCAGGCGUAUAAAUCCAUUUUUAUUCAUAUCUUUGAUAAAAAUAAAAAAAUACUUUCCCAUGAGGUCCAGAUCUAGGCCUCUGCUAUGUAACUGAACCAAUUUUAUUUGCUGGAUCUAAAACUGCUCUUAUGUGACUUGCUUUAAAUAAAGAUUGUCAUGUUUUAUAGGACUUGAUCGCCUUACUGCAAUUAUUACUGGUGCACCAAGUAUCCGUGAUGUCAUUGCCUUUCCCAAAUCUUUCCGGGGUCGAGACCUGAUGAGCAACGCACCAGACUUUGUUUCUGAUGAAGUACUCCAGCUGUAUCAUAUAAAGGUCAGGUGUCCAGACAGUGGGAAUUGAUGGGGACAAGAGGUGUAAAUCCGGUCUGCAUCGAUUCUACUGGAGGAAAAGGAAAGCUUAUCUAACCUGGAUUCUGGUCCCAGCAGAGGUGGACAUAAUGGAAUGGAAGGUUCUCAGGGUCCUGUCCUGAGAUAAACCAGACUCUUCUAGAAUCCUCUAGGUAUAGGGAUUCACAUUGUUUACAAACUAUUGAAUAGUUUAUUUUAUACAUUUUUAUGGUUCAAUGAAACUCCUUCCUUUUAAUUCUUUCCUGCAACUUAUCUGUGGAUACAUGCUGCUUAUUCACAUCAAAUAAUGGGUGGGUUGUUAUUUGGCUUGUGGGAACCAAAUGGUGCGUUACACCAAAUAACAGGUGUAAAAUGAUUGAAUACAUAAUUAUUUUUCUGUCAUUCUAUUUUUAAUCCUCUGUGAUGCUUUAUAUUAUGGACUAUAUAUUUCUGAUUUUGCUCUGAGAAUAAUUUGUUUAAAAGCCAAGCCUGUUUCAGACAGUUAUGGAUCAUGUAAUUAUGUAUAAGGCUUGUGAACUUCAUAAUGAAUAGGCACAUCCAGUCCAUGUUAUUAAAAUGUGGACAGAUCUAAUAUUUUGUAACUCCCAUGGCACUGUAUUAGACUUUUUUUUCAUUAAAAGGAACACAUCAAGUACCAUUACAGCCUCCUGUAGUAGUGGUUAUGGUACCCUUCUCCCAGUGUAAGUGAUCAAACUAUUUGAAAAUGGCUUGACAAUUUACCUGAGGUAUACCAGGUCCUGGUCACUUCUUCUGGAUCCGGACGAUCCUGCCAAGACCUACCUUUACGUUCACUGUGCUGGGCCAGCUCAUUGGCGGAGAGCCUGCACCCCUGGAUUUAGCAUCCAACAGCAGAAGAGGAGCCCGGCACCUGGCAGACUUAGUCCAACGCUUGAAGGGGUUUGACCAACUACCCUGGCGGAACACUCCUGGCGCCAUAAUCCCCACAGCCGGCUUGUAGGGGCUCUGCUGCUUGGAGUGUUAUUUUAAGUACUUGGGAAAAGAGCAAAAAUAAUCCUGAAACUAAAUAGUUACCCAAUUAGAUUAAAACUUAACUUUUAAUAAUAUAGUGGUGUAGACAAAUUGUCUACAUCUAAACUUUGUAUCUUUGUUCCACCUAAGUAACGGUAUACAGGAGUAUUAAACAGACUGGUUGCAUGAAAACUAAUAGUUUAUAAGGUUGCCUAAAUAUUGGUUUUAGUAGUCCAAUAUGAUAUACUAUACAAAAUAGCACAAAACCAGAAGUUAUGAACACCUUCCAUGGAGGUAAGUAUGAGUCACUGCUGCUACAUCAAAAACACUAAUCAUGUACUAUGCUGUACUACUACAACUGCCUACCCACUAUUGCAAACCACAGCUACAAGUGAUAAGAUAUAUUAAUCUUGUGGAGCUGUAGUUUAUAAAACGAUUGGCAUUUACCACCAAUCCAGUUUUAGAGGACACAGCAAAUUUAAAGGGCUUGAUCUAGUCCCAUGCUUUGCAGUGGCCAUAUCUAAAGGUUCCUUUGGUUGACUACACAGGAAAUUGAUCAGCAGAUGUCCCCUUGAAGUCUUUUAUUAAAUAUAAGGCCUAACCUGAAUUAAGUACCCUUACCAAUAGGGAGAUCAGACCAGCUGACAAAGGUGAUAACAUUGUACUAUUGAAGCAGGAUAUGUAAAUUUAUGUGUGCAUUAUGCACCUACAUGAGACCUCCUGUUAUCUCACAUUAAGUUUGAAUAAAUACAGAAUAUUUGGCUAAAUUUAAAACUGUUACUUUCAGCCUCACAACAGAAACAAUCUGAUGAACAAAAAAUGAAUCUACCCAUAACUCUACAAUAGCCACAUUCUAAUGCUUACCCAAAAUCCACAAGAAUUUUCAUUAUACAUUAGGCAAUAGUGUCUCUAAAUAAGUGCCUGACAGAAAGAGUAAGCCAAUUCAUAGAUAAUUACUUAUUGUAAUUACACUACCAUCAUAUUUGCAGGACACCUAACAAACUUUGAAAGCCCUGGAAAAAACAAUCUUGAGAUUCUCCUGUACAUUGCUGGCAAGUUUAGAUGCAGUGUCACUAUAUAGUAGUAUCCCCAAUGAGAAGGAUCUUCUAGCAUGACGUUACUUUCUUGAACAAACAUCUCUCAAGCACCAUCAAAAGGAAUUUGUGCUGUCCCUACUGAAAGUUGUCCUUACACACAACUAAUUUAUCUUCUAUGGAAAACAUUAUUUCCAGUGUAAGGGUAAUGCUAUGGGCACGGCUUGUGUCCCCCUAACUAUGCUAAUCUUAUUCUGGGAUGGCGGGAGCAGAAUGUUGUCAAUUCUGUUGUAUGGAAUACCAGAAAUACAUUCUGAAAUGGUAUAGAUCUAUUGAGGACAUCCUGCUCUUGUGGACAGGCUCAGAAUCUCUGUUUGAGAAGUAUGUCAGUGAUCUUAACACAAAUGACAUAAUUUUACAACUUACACAUGUUAUCCAUGAGUAUGAAUUAGUAUUUCUAGACCUGAAGAUUUUACUAACAGAUGAUGAUAAAAUCUUAACCAAACUUCAUAAAAAGUUGACUGCUGCAAACCGUUUACUUCACUGGGACAGCCACCAUGCACACUGAAAUAAUCUGUUCCUAUUCGAUAGUACUUAAGAGCUAGAAGAAAUUGCUCUGAAGAUUUAGCUUUUCUGUGUGAAUGUAAUGAAUUGAAUUCUCAAUUGAAAGCACAAGGCUACCUUAAUAGGGGUUUUAAAGAAAGCUUUUCAAAUGGUCUGCAAGAUGAAUAGGGCUGAGAGUUUGAUAAAGUCUAGACUAAAAGGUGAAACGCCUAAAACAUGGUGUAUUGGCACAUUCGAUCAAGUUUGGGAACCUGUGAAAAAUAUCAUGCUGAGAAACUGGCCAAUCCUACUGCAUGAUUAGGAUCUGAAGGAAUCUUAAAGUUCUAGACUGGCUUUAACUGUGCGUAGAUCAAGGAAUCUUUAUGACUUACUUGUACACAGUCACAUUGAACCACGAAGACCCAGUUCUACAUGGGUAGCUGAAACCAUGGGAACUAUUAGACAUGGCCACUGCAAUGCAAGUGACUACAUCAAGCCCUCUAAAUUUGAUGUGUCCUCUAAUAUAGGAGUGGUGGUACAUGCCAAUGGUUUUGUAAACUGCAGCUCCACACAAUUAAUUUAUCUUAUCACUUGUAGCUGCGGUUUGCAAAUACAUUGGCAAGACGUACCGGCUAUUCAGACACAGAAAAUUUGAGUUUUCAAGCAAUAUAGAAAUUGAGUUUCUACUUUCGAAAAGGCAACUUCAACUUAUUACUCUAGAAAGAAUCCCAAUGGAUCUACACCUUUAAAACAUUGGUCCUUAUAGGGCUCCAUGAGGAAUUCAAUUUUACACCAUUUCUCUGUGACUAAUACAUUGGCACCUAAUUUAUAGCUAAUAUUCUCUCCUCUAUACUCGUUACCCAUAAACAUUUUCUUUUUAAACCAGCGUAUCAUUUUUCCCUUUUUGGUUUUCAAACAUAUAUUUGAUAUCCUCGGUAGGCAGUCAUAUUACAGCACAGUAUGUGAGUCCAGUGUUUUUGAAGUGACAUUGACUCAUACCUCCAUGAAGUGGUAAUAACUGUUUGUUUUGUGGUAUCUUGUAUAUCAUAUUGGACUACUAAAACCAACAUUUAGGCAAUAUCCCUCUUUGUCAUGUCACAUAACAAUAACAUGUCUAACUGUAUUUAGCAAGUGUUCUUUAUGUACACCCAAUUUGUGGUUAUUUGAUUAAUGUUAUUAAGCAUCUUGGCCAUUUUGUGAGGUCAGUUUUAUAUUUGUUGUUUCAACAUAUUGCCAUUCCAUAAAACAUAUCGAACCUAUAAUUAGAAUGACCACUUUUAGGUCUACCUAUGUUAUACCUAUUCAGUGUGUAUGUGUAUAUGUAUAUAUAGUGUAUGCCCUUGAAAAGACACCUGACUGGCGAUACAGGCGUCGGGACUUGGCUCCAUCCUUCAUUUUGGCAAUUGUUAUAUACUGACUUAUGGCUAAGACUUAGCAUUGUGAUUAUUCUCUCAGCCACUGUGUACAGCUAUUUAGGUGCCCUUGAAGACACCGUGUUUAGGUAUAUUGUUGAAUAUAUUUGGUCUAUAUACUUAUCUUUCAGAUGAGUAUCACGUCUAGUGUUAUAUGAUAGUAAUCUUCUAAAGGCAAGUAUUAUGGAGC